UUUUUUUUUUUUUUUUUUUCUUUUACCCUAAUUUAUCCCCAACUAGCUUUUCUCGAAUUUUGUUAUCUGAUUGGUACAGAUCUCCGGUGAAGUAAAAAAACACUGGAGGGAGAUGAAGUCAUCGAGAAUGAAGUUUGCAAAGAAAUUAAAAUCGUUUAGAGCCGGCGAGUAUCUGAAUCAGGAUCGGAUUCUUCAGGUGCUUUCUGCUGCAGAAGAUGGGAUCUCUGAGUUUCUUCCAAAGAUAUCUAACCCCAUUCCUCAGAUAACAGCCGCCGGUUCUAUCUGGAGAACCCCUCAGAAGCCUGGAGAUCAAAUCGCAAACGUAAAGGAGGAACUUGUGGAAAACGAGAGAGAAGAAGCUUCUAGAAGUGUCGUCGGCGACAAGGAGAACGUCCGGCCUCCGGUAAACCAGAUUCCGAGAGUUCCGUGUGAUCAGAAAGAGAGCAAAUCGGAAGUUUCUAACGGAUCUCAUAAAGCUAUUGGAUCUGGGUUUAGAAGACCUGAUUUGAAUUCGAGCACACUUUUCGAUCCGAAGCUGUUAGAAGCGUUUGAAUUAGCAGCAGUGGGCUUUAAGAAGAUAGACGAUUUCUCCAGAAUCGAUGAUGAAGAAAACCAUAUCCCCUUUCCCGUUGAAGAGGAAAUCGAAAAAGACGAGAAUACCCUUCCUCCGGUGAUCCGCGUCGAAGAGGAUAGACGGAAAGAAGAAAAUGUCAACGCCCUUCAGAUAGUCAACGCGACCGCGGAAGGAGUGAACGGAGAAGACGGCGAUGCCGUUAUCGAUCCGUUGUUGGAAUUUGAGGAGCGGUGUCCUCCGGGAGGAGAGGAAUCAGUUGUUUUCUACACGACGACUCUCCGGGGAAUCAGAAAAACGUUCGACGACUGCAACAUGAUCCGAUUUCUGCUUGAUAGUUUUAAGGUUAAGUACUACGAGAGAGAUGUGUCGAUGCAUAGAGAGUAUAGAGAAGAGCUCCGACGAAUCUCAGCGGCGGAGGAAACAGAGGUUCUGCCUCCGGUUCUGUUCGUUAAAGGAAGAUGCAUCAGAGGAGCUCAGAGGGUAUUGGGUCUGCACGAGCAAGGUAUGUUUAAGGUUCUGUUUGAGGGCGUUCCAAUCACCGGAAAUGAACGUUGCCUGCGAUGCGAUGGGUUUAGGUUUCUGAUGUGUGAGGGAUGCAGAGGUAGCCGCCGGAUUAUCUCCGGAGAUGGAUCAAGGACUCAGUGUUUGAUAUGCAAUGAGAAUGGUUUGGUUGUGUGCGUUGAUUGCUGCUCCUAAUUUGACCAAUUUGUUUUUUUUUUUUUUUGUGUUGUAUAUAUAUUUAUUACUCAAAAUCAGUGUUCUAAAAAGCGUUUUAGGCGUUCGCCUCCGCCCCGUCUAGGCGCUAGGCGCUAUAGCACCGCAUAGACGACCGCUUUGACCGCCUAAAAUUGUAGUAUCAUCAUUAUAGUGUAUUUUUAAAAUUUU